CUGCAAUGAUGGCUCAAGCAUCUGAUCCUUGGGCUGGUGGAUGGUAGCUGGGCCGUGGGCUGCGGCUCCUUUUGUAGUUGGCCUGUAUCCGUAUGCUUGGUGCUGCUCCCCCCCCGGUCGUGAUGAUUCUGUAGUUCUACAGACCUUUGCCUGGUGACAGACGGCAUGCAAUCCUCACUGUCAACCGUAACCUUCAAUCUUGGGGCCGUUCCUUGGGCCGUGCUGUCGGUCUUGAGACGUCAAAAUGUCCUCCUCGUGGAGCCGUCGAUCCCCCUGCUCAGGGUGGUGAGCCGACUGCGAUAUCUUUUGCAAGGGCCUGAACUGGUGCAGCAAGCGCACACCACCGAGGGCGCCUAUGCCAUUCCCACCCCAGAAGGAUAUCAGGUCCACUUCUCGUCGAGGGAGCACAUCAAGCAGCUGGUGCAGGCCCCCGACACCCACCUGUCUCUGCACGCGCUGGCGAAAGAUAUGUUCCAACCGAAAUACACCAUGAACGGGCUGGGCUUCGACGACACGAUGAGCGCCAACGGGACGGUGCACCAGCGCGCCCUCCAAGCCGAGCUGCGCGCCGCCCUGCCAGCCCUAAGUCGGCCGCUGAACGACUGCAUCGCCACCGCCCUCGCCGCCGAGAUUGGGGAGGGCCAGUCGUCGGGGGGAUGGCGCGCGCGGCCCAUCUUCCCCAUGGCCAAGCGCAUGAUCACCGCCGCCAACGCCCUCAUCUUCUUCGGUCCCGACGUCUCCACCGACGCGACCUUCCUCGACGCCGCCCUCGAGUACCCCGAGCACCUCAUGGAGACCGCCGAAGCCCUGCGCCUGCUGCCCGGCUGGCUGGCCCCCUACGCCGCCCCGUACCUGAUGCGCCGCCACCGCGCAUUGCGCAUCCUGCUGGACCGACUCACCCCCAUCGUGGAAGGCCGCAUCCGCGACCCCGAGAGCGCCGCCAAGCACGCCGACUGCAUCCAGUUCUUCGUCAACGCGGCGGCGCGCAAGCACCAGCAGCGCGAGUGGCCGGCGCGCCGCAUCAUCCAGGUCCUGCUGGGGGUGUGGUUCGCCUCCGUCCACCAGCCCGCCAUGUGUCUGUUCUACGCCCUCGACGACCUGUGUCUGCAUCCGGAGUACGUGCCGGCGCUGCGCGCGGAGGUGCGCGCUGCCAGUGCGGCGUCGGGGGAGGCGCACGCACCGCGUCUGCUGCCCAACCCAGCGCACCUGCCGCUGCUUACGAGCUUCCUGAAAGAAUCUGCGCGGCUGCAUCCGACAGACUCGAUUUCCCUCCGUCGGAAGGUGGUGCAGCCGUGGGUAUUGAGUGAUGGGACCUCCCUCGCGAAGGACGAUGUGGCUUGUAUCCCGUUGCAGCCGAUUCUGAGGGAUCCAGCCCUCUACAGCAAUCCACUCACUUUUGAUCCGUAUCGGUUCAUCCGCAGCAGCCGCAGCCGCAGCAGCAGCAGCACCCAAAGACCCCAGAGUGAAGCCCCACCCCCAACCCACACCACCCCUCCGAAACACACGGUGGUGACAACAACAUCCGACUUCACCGACGCAGACGCAACCUUCCCCAUCUGGGGCCUCGGCAAACGCGCCUGUCCCGGACGGUACUACGCCUCGUUGCUGCUGAAGCUUGUGCUGGCGCAGAUCCUGCUGCAAUAUGAGGUGAAACUGCCCGUGGAGGGCAGUCAACGGCCCGAGAAGCGGUAUUUCUACUGGCGGUCGGCGAUUGUGCCCAAGGCUGGAGCGGUGUUAAUGUUUCGCGAGAGGGAUACGGUGGAGGCAUAG